AUGUCAACCUUUUGUGCUGUUUUUCUAUUGCCACGCAAAAUAAAAAGAAUUAAUGUUGCAUCACAGUUUCUUGACAGUUUUCCGGUUUCAAAAAGCUUCUCACCCUAUUUAAAGGACCGGACUAAUCACCUGAAUCCAGCCUUAAAACUACUUUCUAAAUCAGAGCAUGUUGCCGGGAACAAGAAGGAUGUUCUUGCGAACGUGGCGAAGGCUGCUCACAAGGAUGACAAGCUUGGCAUCAAAACCACACAGCACACCGGCCACAAUCUUCAGCACAAGUCCUCAAACUCAACCCAGAGAGCACUGGUGGUACCUUCGGAGCAGUUUCGGAAGAGCACAAAGCUGCCUCUGGGGCCCAUACCCAGCACAAGCCACUCUGCACAGCCCAGAAGGACGCUGCCAACUUCUACCUCCUGUCACCUAAAUGCAGAAGGGACUGAGGAAGCUGCGAAGGAGUGUGUCACUGCUGUUGUUCUGACUGGGAGUGACCUCCUGCCUGGAGCACCUCGCUCAGUAAAUAAGAGCCUGCAAGAAAGGCUGGUCUGCAACAAAGAAAACUUCCCAGGGCAAGCCCUUUCAGACCCUGUGCUGAACAGUGUGUUUGAGCCUGAUGGAAACAGUCACAGCAACAGGAGAGUCUUGGCUCAUAGGCAAACCUCUGGUGCGGUAUCCAGGACCAUCCAGGGCCCAAAAGACAGAAUUAACAGCUAUCGGAAGAGGGAGGAGCUGAUUCAGGAUCAGCUCAGGAAACCCCUGCCAGGCUCAAAGAAUGCAUCUCAAAAACCAACCAGCAAGACUCAGGCAUUGCAACCCCCUCCGUUACUUACUGUCUCUAGGACUCGGCUACAUAAAAAACCAGGAACAAAACAUGAGAGUAUUAAUGUGGCAAGGCAGCCCGUAGGAAAGCCGCUUGGCACACUUCCGAUGGGAAGCUUUAAGCACCACAGUAGAGCUCCGCAACUGAAAAGAUCUCCUGUAAAGCCUUUGGCCUCCAGCAGGCUCCAGACGACUGCAAAACUGGGGUCCACAAAGAGAUCCAGCCUGAGACUGGCUCACGCUGUGCGGUGGCAAAGGACCACAGUUAAAGGGGAGGCAGGUAGGAAGGAUGUGAAGGUGGUGCCUCAGGGGCGCACAGCAGCAUCUCGAGUGACAAGCCCCCCAAACCAGGCUCGCAGCACACAUGGCUCCAAAACUCAGGCAACUGAGAGUGAAUUUAAGACUAGGAGAGAAGGACUUAAACCCGAGCUGCCAAAGACAAGUGGAGUGCAGGCGAAGCGUGUUCCCAAGACCCCAGCGGCCGAGGAUCGUAAGAAACAACUGGAGCAGUGGUUGGCAUCCAAAGGGAAGUCGUACAAACGGCCACCUAUGACGUUGCCUCGGAAAAAGCCGGUGAAAGAGAAGCUAGCCUUCAGAAACAAUGUCCAGGAGGAGAAAGAGGAGAAACUAGAGCAGUUCUGCUUGGACAGGAUUGAUAGCAUCUUAACUGACUGCCUGAAGCUCGUUGAGGAGGGUGUCCCCUCAGAGGAGCUCUUUGAGAUGCUGUCCCAUGUUCCCCACGCAGAGAAGUUUGCCAAGUUCUGGAUCUGCAAAGCAAAGCUGCUGGCCCGGAGCGGCCCUUUUGAUGCCACAGGGUUGUACAAAGAAGCAGUGUGUGCCGGUGCUGUGCCGCUCCAGGAGCUCAGAGAAGUUGUCCUUGAUAUUUUGAAGACCACAGACAGAACAUCAGAAGGGCAAAAGGCUGAGCAGCCUGCACUUUGGGAGCACACAACGCCCGGCCCAAGCGAGAGGCAGCACGUGGUAGCGACUCCCUGCCUGACGGGAAAGAGCCUGACCAGCCUGCCUGUCUCUUCAAUCAAGUUACAAGUUGUGUCCAUACCCAGACGAAAGGAGUGGCCAGAAGGCCGAGAGGUGAAAUUCUUGACGCCUGUGCGGCGUUCGCUGCGGAUAGAGCGGGCUGGGAGCCGCUACCCAGACAUGCUGAAGGACCACGACACUGUGGUGUCAUCCCUCGAUGAAAUCCUGGCUGGGGAAGAGGAGAGCGAGCUCUUUUUCUGGAAAAACAAGGCCUUGCCAGAGGUGUCAGAGAUGGAGAUUUUGGCCUUAUAGCCCUCAAAGUGCUGCGGAGGGAUUUCUUGAGUGAUGCAGCCUGGCAGGCUGUUGGCUCUCCCCUGCUGCCUCACAUUUAUUUCAGUCACUUCUCUCUCUGCCUCUCAGUCAGAUGUAAAUACACAGGAGUAGCAUGUAAUUAACCUUUUCUGCUGUUUUUAAAUG